AUGGCGCCAAGCAAGAAGGGUUGGCAGAUGAUUGAGAUCAUUUCGGUCUUGGUCAGUCUCUGCCUAAUCUCAGUGGUGCUGCGAGUCGUCGCUCGCCUUCGCAGGAGAGUCGGGUUCGGCAUAGAUGAUUAUUUGAGCCUCGUGUCCAUGGUGCUCCUCAUUGCGAUGUUGGUCGAGCUCAUUCUUUGGUGUUCAAUUGGAGGCAAUGGUGCCCAUAUCGCGGAUCUCUCUCCCAAAACCCUCAUGAACUACUGGAAGAUCUUCCUCUCCAACCAAUUCACCUACUUCCUACUCUGCCCCUGUAUCAAGAUCUCCAUCAUCUGCUUCUACCGACGCCUCUUCUCAACCCCAAAGUUCCAAACAGUCAGCUUCGGCCUAAACUGCCUAAUCGCCGCCUGGGGCACAGGAAUCUUCCUAGCCUGCGCAGGACAAUGUCGACCGCUACGGGCAUACUGGGACCACAGCGUUAAAGGAACAUGUUUCAACGCGCUGGAAUUCAUCAUUGUCAACCAAGCCUUCAACGUACUAAUGGACUUCGUGAUCCUCAUCCUGCCCAUCCCAAUGAUCUGGAACCUCCACCGCGCGUGGCAAGACAAGCUCGCGCUGAACGGGGUGUUCGCACUCGGCGGCUUCGUCUGCUUCGCAAGCAUCUACCGCAUCGUCGUGCUCUUCUGGAUCAGCCCGUCUGACCCAACCUUCACUGUCUACCAGGCGACUCUGUGGACCCACAUCGAGCCUGCCGUUGGUUUGAUUUGCUCUAACUUGCCGAUCAUCCGUGGCUUGUUCCCGGCGCUUAAGUUAGGGGGCUCGCGCAAUGGAACGGGUCCGGCGUAUAUCAAUACCGAUCACACGAACUCUUUGUUCUUGUCGAAAUCUAGCCCCCUCUCCCCGGACUUUGAGUAUAUUAAGAUGUACAAUGCUCAGGUCGAGGGCAAGGCACCCAGACACCUUGGUGAUGAUCUACACCCGCAGAUUAUCAAUGUCCAGACGGAUAUUUCUAUACUUCCGGGAAAUGACUCCACUACUAAGCUGAAUCCGUGA